AUGGAGACAAGCUUUCAAGCCGCCAUCGACGCUGGCAAAAUCAAUGGCGCUGUGGUAUGCGCCACUGACGCCGAGGGCCGAUUCGUCUACAAUAAAGCAUUCGGCGAGCGCACUCUACUUUCAGGCGAGAAACGGCCUCAACAGCUUGACGACGUGCUCUACCUCGCUUCAGCUACUAAACUAGUCGCCACCAUCGCCGCCCUACAAUGCGUCGAAGAUGGUCUCUUGACUCUCGACGGAGACCUGUCAACUAUCGCCCCCGAGCUAGCCGAAAAGGCAGUUCUCACCGGCUUCUCUGAGGACGGAAACCCUCAACUGGAGGAACCAAUCCGUCCAAUCACCCUCAAGAUGCUGCUCACCCACAGUUCGGCCACCCCUUACCAUUUCAUGAACCCCCUCGUGGCAAAGUGGCGCGAACAGUUCACCGACCCCAAGGAAACUGACUCUCGAUCCGUCGAAGAGCUAUUCUGUUACCCUUUGAGCUUCCAGCCCGGUACAAGUUGGAUGUACGGUCCGGGGCUCGACUGGGCAGGUCGCAUAGUCGAGCGAGUGACUGGCGGCACACUUACAGAGUUUAUCCAGCGACGGAUCUUCGAUCCACUAGGUAUCAAAGAUGGCCAAUUUUACCCAGUGACACGUGCAGACCUGCGCGAGCGCCUUGUAGACUUAAACCCCGAUGAUCCAGACUGUCUCGGCCGAGCGGUCCUGGGAGGUGGGGGCGAGAUGAACAUGCGUUCGCGUGGAGACUUUGGCGGACAUGGAUUGUUCCUCCCUGGUUCGGAUUACAUCAAGAUCUUGCAUUCGUUGUUGGCCAGUGACGGGAAACUGCUUCGACCGGAUACCGUCGACGCCAUGUUUGAGCACCAGUUGAGCCCCGAGGCUACGGCUGGUCAUCAGGAUGCACUGAAUAGCCCAGCGGGGGUGUUCUUCCGCGUUGGAACCGAAGUCGGGGCGAAGGUUGGCCACGGAUUUGGUGGAUUGUUGACGCUUGAGGAUGUCGACGGGUGGUAUGGAGAGAGAACGUUGACUUGGGGAGGUGGUUUGACGCUUGCUUGGUUUAUUGAUCGGAAGAAUGGUCUUUGUGGUGUUGGUGCCAUUCAAGCUGCGAUGCCGGUUGAUGUCGAGUUGGUCUCUGAGCUGAAGCAGGUUUUCAGGCGUGAUAUCUAUCACAAGCGAGCCGCGUGGAAGCAACAGAACUCUGAAAGAGGUUGA